AUGAGCCAUGCUAUCUCUGCUGAAAUUUCGAUACCAAUUCUGUUCCGUCAUGUGGCUUUGGCGUACGAGGGUACCCUGGCUGUAGCCACUCUUUCUGUCUACAGCGACUACGUUGCUUACUUGCACCGAAGCCAGAGCUCUCACAACGUGGACUACUGGAAGGAUUACCUGACCGGAUUGGAUCCUUGUCAUUUACCGUCCCUGGCUGAUGGAGCCACGGAGCCCAAGGUUCUGCGAGCGCUCGACUGGGGCAUCUCCCAUGCAGCCGACCUUCAGGCAUUCUGCAUUGACAGAGGCAUCACGCUACCCAACAUACUCUAG